AUGAACGUCGAAACCGACUUGCCACCACCCACCAAAGGGAAGUGGCAGAAAUUCGUUUCGUUCAUCUGGGAUUCUGAUUACUAUGAGAAAUCAGAUGCAGAGCGAAAAUUGGUAUUCAAACUUGAUUGUUUCAUGUUGACAGCUAUGACCAUCGGUUGGUGGUUGAAGAACUUGGAUCAGAAUAAUUUGGCCAACGCGUAUGUGUCAGGUAUGAAAGAAGAUCUCAAUAUCCAGGCAAAUCAGUAUACAUAUAUGGGAACCAUCUACAAUGCCGUCGUGGCCGCCAUGCAAAUCCCAUCAAGUUUCAUCGUCAUGAAAGUUAGACCUUCUUUAUUCUUGGCUAUAUGUGAGAUCGGUUGGGGUGUCUUCACCUUCGCUCAAGCGGGUGCCAAGAGCUACCAAGCUAUGUAUGGUUUCCGAUUCUGCAUCGCUCUUUUCGAAUCCUUCUACUACCCCAUCGGCUACUUCAUCCUUGGAUCAUAG